UGAUGUUCAAUAUUUGUAUAAUAAAAUGAUACACGAAAUGAUCAGCGAAUUAGAUACAGUUAAAUAUGUAUGUAUUACAGCAGACUGCUGGAGCAUAUUCCACAAAUCAUACAUUGGAUUUACUAUCCAUUGGAUUAAUCCUCAAACGCUUGAAAGAUGUUCAAAAGAACUUGCUUGCAGACGAAUGAUAGGAAGACACACUUACGAUAAUAUUGCCGAAUCAAUAGACAAAGUACUCGAUGAAUUUAAAAUUCAGAAUAAAACAACAUUAAUAGUCACUGACUAUGCAGCAAAUUUUGUCAAAACUUUUAGAAUAUAUAGUAAUGAUAAUGAUAAUGAUCUAAAUGAAUGCAUUGGUGUAUCUGAAGUAUCUGAAGAAAAUGAAGUCUUUAUAGAAAUCACAAACACUCUGGAAGGUGAACCAUCUAAUGUGGAUAACCUAAGUAUAUCAUUACCCCCUCACCAACGGUGUGCAGCACACACAAUGAACCUUAUUGCUUCAGUUGACAUUAAAGAUGCGGAAAAAGACCUUGCAUAUAAAACCAUCAGCCAUGAAGUAUUUAAAAAGUGCCAAGCAAUAUUUAAUAAACAGAAUCAAUCUACAUUAAGUGCAGAUAUCAUUAAAAAUCAUCUUGGUCGAUAUCUUAUUACACCUAAUGCCACAAGGUGGAAUUCAUAUUAUGAUGCGAUGAAAUGCAUUCUUGAAAAUAUUGAUAAAAUUGAAGAUGUGUGUAAUAAUUUACAACUAGCUACCAUUUCAGGACCUCGUGAAAUCUCAUUUUUACAAGAAUAUUGCAAUGUCAUGAAACCUAUAUCUAGAGCAUUGGAUAUAUUGCAGGGUGAUAAAAACGUAUCUUUGGGAUAUUUGCUCCCUACUAUUAAUGCAGUACAUAAAUCAUUAAACGAUAUGAAGAAUAUAGUUUUCUGUAGACCAUUAUUUAUUGCACUUAAAAGAAGAUUAAAUAAAAGGUAA